AUAAUGAACGACUGGCUGCUUCGUGCCUUGGCUUUUAUGCCCUCCUGUCCCAUGCCUCGCAGGAAAUUCGUGAUUCGCAUCAAGUAUCGAUUCAAUACUGUAGUAUUCCGUGUCGAUAUAGCAAUAUCGUUCCUAGAGUGAACUGAGCCAUGUGUCAGAACCAACUAUUGAUCACUGUGCUGAUGACAUUAUUGCUUCAUGGUGAAAUUAUUGUGCCAAUCGCAGAUGCCACGGCCUACAGGAUCCUGCAUGAUUUUAUUCAAUAUAACGUCGCAGGCAUACCUAUUCUGCAUGAGAAAACAAAGUGGAACUUUGAUCCAGAGGUUGGCAAGCAAAGAAGGAUUCAAUAUGAGCAAGAUAACGGACGUUACGGGGAAUAUGCGAUAGCAAAAUUAGGAAUGGGCAUUGGUUACAAAGGUUCUUGGGGAUUACCAGUGCAAAGUUGAAAUAUUAAACUAUGUCGAAUAAAUAUGUGAUAUUCUUUAACAUGACAUAAAAGUUUUAUUGACUUGACGUAUGUUUAAACGAGUUCGAUGUAAACAUUAUAAUUUACUGUAAUAAAUAUAUUUAAAAAAAA